AUGUCUUAUCCGUACCAGCAAGGAAACUACCCACCAGCCGACAACUCGUACAAUAAUCCAUACGGCACUCCCGCUCGUCCCUACAAUGUCCAGGGACAACCACCCUCGACACCACAGUCGGUCACUAAUCUCAACCGUCAAUACAGCACAGACAACCUCGUCGGUGGUAGCAAUGUUGCGUCGGAGGCAGGCGGUCCGCUAAUGACUAACACGGACGCACGCGGGUUUGAAUAUAGACACCCGGAAUAUGGACGUGUUAUUACGCAAGCUGAGACCUUAAUACGGAUUGUGCCAUUCUGGGAAUUGGUCGUAACAAACGCCAUAGUUCUGUCUCGACACAUACUCACCAAAGCCACCGAAAGCAUUGCUCAACCAAAUGCAUUAAAUAUUUUCCUCUUUCAUGCAUGUGAGUCGGAGAAUUUUCAAUCAGACGUCGACCUCUGUGCAGCAUCGAGGCUUGCGUGGAGUCUGUUUGGUGGUGCAGUACUAUACUUUAUAGUCGGAACCUUGUUAGCAAUCCUCAUUGCCUUUGAGUGUAGGAGAUGCGGUUAUCCGGCAACGUUCACCGCCUUGUGGAACUCGCCCUUCUUUAUAUUUUGCUAUGUCAUUAACGAGAAAAAGAAAAUAGACUUGUUGAGUAUUCCGAAUAGGUUGAUGCGAUUUAGAAAGUGGACUCAUGGCCACAUUCAAAGGCUUGUUCUGUGUAUCUAUUGUAUUAUUACGACUGGAUUAAUAGCUUACGACUUGACAAGGAGAACGGUCGAUCACAACGAUUUGGAUGCUAACAGAAAAUAUAACGAGAAUAAUUCAUUAUGUAAGUAG